CCAACUGAGUGCCAUACUGAAUUCCAUUCAGUCACGGCCAAAUCUCCCAGCUCCUUCCAUCUUUGAUCAAGCUGCAAAACCUCCCUCUUCCCUAGUCCACAGUCCAUUUGUGUUCGGACAGCCCCUUUCCUUCCAGCAGCCUCAGCCACAGCUUCAGAGUGACCGAAUGAAUUUCACAGGAGCUGCUAGACCGAUUUCUCCAGCAGGAAAAUCAGACAUGUCAUCAAAACAUAGAGCUGACUGCAGGUCACCCAAGCUUGAUGUGCGAAUGAAUAGAGCUGCUGCUGACCAGAAGAAACCCAGGAAUACAGAAGGCUUAUCUGCCAGUGAGUCUCUUAUGCUGAAAUCAGAUGCCGCAAAAUUGCGGUCAGACUCUCACAGCAGGUCUUUGUCUCCAAAUCAUAACACUUUGCAAACACUAAAAACCGAUGGAAGAACAACUACCGGUCUGAGAGCUGAAUCUCCAGGGCCAGGAACCCGGUCGUCUUCUCCAAAGACAAAGACACUUACAGCUGUUAGAUCUGGUGCUAGUUCUCCACGAUCCUCAUCACCCCAUGACAAAACUCUACCUCAGAAAGCUUCAUCCCCUGUAAAAACAAAGCUUGAUCCUCCUCGAGAACGCUCCAAAUCGGAUUCUUACACAUUAGAUCCAGACACCCUUCGCAAAAAGAAAGUACCACUAACAGAACCCUUAAGGGGGAGAUCCACUUCACCCAAACCCAAAAUUAUUGCAAAAGAUGGAAAACCUGUUACAGAAACUGAAAAUAGAGCUCCUUCCCCUCAUGUCGUACAAGAAAAUCUUCACAGUGAGGUUGUUGAAGUAUGUACUUCAAGUACUUUAAAGACUAACAGCAUUACAGAUAGCACCUGUGAAGACAACACAGAAUUCAGAAGUCUGGACGAUGGUUCUAAUAAAGUUCAUUUCAGCAUAGGAAAAGCACCACUGAAAGAUGAGCAAGACAUGAGAGCAUCUCCAAAAGUGAGCCGUAAAUGUGCUGGUAGGCACACAAGACCCAAAAAGGAAAAAUCCAGCUUUCUUUUCAAAGGAGAUGGCUCCAAACCUGUAGAGCCUGCCAAGCAAGCGAUGUCACCUUCCGUUGCAGAAUGUGCUAGAGCUGUGUUUGCUGCAUUUCUUUGGCAUGAAGGAAUAGUUCAUGAUGCUAUGGCUUGUUCAUCUUUUUUGAAGUUUAAUCCAGAACUGUCCAAAGAGCAUGCACCAAUACGAAGCAGUCUUACUCAACAACCUGCAGAGGAAAAAGAAACCAAGUUGAAAAAUAGACAUUCAUUGGAAAUAUCAUCUGCUCUUAACAUGUUCAACAUCUCACCUCAUGGACCAGAUAUAUCUAAAAUGGGUAGCAUCAAUAAAAACAAAGUCCUCUCAAUGUUAAAAGAACCACCUCUGCAUGAAAAGUGUGAGGAUGGAAAAACUGAAACUACCUCCUUUGAAACAUCCAGUCAUCACACGAUGAAAUCCAAGUCUCCUCUUCCGUUAACACUGCAGCACUUGGUAGCUUUCUGGGAAGAUAUUUCUUUAGCAACUAUUAAAGCAGCUUCCCAAAACAUGAUUUUUCCAAGUCCUGGUUCUUGUGCAGUGUUAAAGAAGAAGGAAAGUGACAAAGAUAACAAGAAAACCAAAAAAGAGAAAAAGAAAAAAGAAAAGGUUGAGACUAGGCCAAGGGGGAAUCUUUUUGGUGAGAUGGCUCAGCUUGCCGUGGGAGGACCUGAAAAAGACACCAUCUGUGAGUUGUGUGGGGAAUCCCAUCCAUAUCCAGUGACUUACCACAUGAGACAAGCUCAUCCAGGUUGUGGCCGUUACGCAGGUGGCCAAGGUUAUAAUAGCAUUGGGCAUUUUUGUGGAGGAUGGGCUGGUAAUUGUGGCGAUGGUGGUAUUGGAGGAAGCACUUGGUAUCUGGUUUGUGAUCGAUGCAGAGAAAAAUAUCUCCGUGAAAAGCAAGCAGCAGCAAGAGAGAAGAUUAAACAGUCUAGGAGAAAACCAAUGCAAGUUAAGACUCCUCGUGCCUUGCCAACUAUGGAAGCUCAUCAAGUGAUUAAAGCCAAUGCACUGUACUUACUGUCGCUGAGUAGUGCUGCUGAGCCCAGUAUCCUCUGCUAUCACCCUGCAAAAGCAUUCCAGUCUCAACUUCCUAGUGUCAAAGAAGGAAUUUCUGAAGACUUUCCCAUUAAAAUGCCAUGUCUCUAUCUACAGACUUUAGCAAGGCAUCAUCAUGAAAACUUUGUUGGGUACCAGGAUGACAACCUCUUCCAGGAUGAGAUGAGGUACCUGCGCUCAACUUCAGUACCUGCACCGUACAUCUCAGUUACUCCUGAUGCAAGCCCUAAUGUCUUUGAAGAGCCAGAGAGUAACAUGAAAUCUAUGCCUCCAAGUUUGGAAACCAGUCCAAUAACAGAUACAGAUCUUGCGAAGCGUACAGUCUUUCAAAGAUCUUAUUCAGUUGUUGCAUCAGAAUAUGACAAACAGCACUCAAUUUUGCCAGCACGUGUAAAGGCGAUCCCCAGGAGACGAGUCAACAGUGGAGAUGCAGUGGGGUCCUCUCUCCUGAGACAUCCAUCUCCUGAACUUUCUCGGUUAAUCUCCGCCCACAGCUCUCUUUCCAAAGGAGAGAGAAAUUUCCAGUGGCCAGUAUUGGCAUUUGUAAUCCAGCAUCAUGAUCUGGAAGGACUUGAAAUAGCAAUGAAACAAGCCUUACGGAAAUCUGCUUGCCGAGUCUUUGCCAUGGAGGCUUUCAACUGGCUUCUUUGUAAUGUCAUUCAAACAACUUCUCUUCAUGAUAUUUUAUGGCAUUUUGUGGCUUCCCUGACUCCUGCACCUGUAGAGCCUGAAGAAGAGGAGGAUGAAGAAAAUAAAUCAAAUAAAGAAAAUGCAGAACAAGAGAAAGACACGAGAGUGUGUGAACAUCCUCUGUCAGAUAUAGUGAUUGCUGGUGAAGCAGCUCACCCGUUACCCCACACUUUUCAUCGCCUCCUCCAGACAAUCUCUGACCUUAUGAUGUCUCUUCCCAGUGGUAGUGCAUUACAGCAAAUGGCCUUAAGGUGCUGGAGUCUCAAAUUCAAACAAUCUGAUCACCAAUUCCUGCACCAGAGCAAUGUUUUUCAUCAUAUCAACAAUAUUUUGUCUAAAUCUGAUGAUGGAGAUAGUGAAGAGAGUUUUAGUAUCAGUAUUCAGUCUGGUUUUGAGGUCAUGAAUCAGGAACUGUGUAUAGUGGUUUGUCUAAAAGACCUAACCAGCAUUGUUGACAUUAAAACAUCAAGCCGACCUGCCAUGAUUGGUAGCUUAACAGAUGGAUCUACAGAAACAUUCUGGGAGUCAGGAGAUGAAGAUAAAAACAAAACUAAAAACAUCACCAUUAACUGUGUAAAAGGAAUCAAUGCACGUUAUGUGUGUGUUCAUGUAGACAAUUCCAGAGAUCUUGGGAACAAAGUGACUUCAAUGACCUUCCUAACUGGCAAGGCAGUAGAAGAUCUCUGCAGAAUAAAGCAGGUAGACUUGGAUUCAAGACAUAUUGGCUGGGUAACAAGUGAACUUCCUGGGGGUGAUAAUCACAUCAUCAAAAUUGAGUUGAAGGGUCCAGAGAACACACUAAGAGUUCGACAAGUGAAAAUUCUUGGAUGGAAAGAUGGUGAAAGCAUUAAAAUAGCAGGCCAGAUUUCUGCAAGUGUAGCUCAACAAAGAAACUGUGAAUCUGAGACGCUGCGAGUAUUCCGACUUAUUACAUCCCAGGUAUUUGGAAAACUCAUCUCCGGAGAUGCUGAGCCAACCCCAGAACAAGAAGAAAAAGCACUAUUGUCUUCCCCAGAAGGAGAAGAAAAAGUACACAAUGCAACAUCAGAUGCAGACCUGAAGGAGCACAUGGUAGGGAUCAUAUUCAGCCGGAGCAAACUGACAAAUUUGCAGAAGCAGGUAUGUGCUCAUAUAGUCCAGGCCAUACGAAUGGAAGCAACCCGUGUGCGUGAAGAAUGGGAGCAUGCCAUCUCUAGCAAGGAGAACGCCAACUCGCAGCCUAAUGACGAAGAUGCUUCUUCUGACGCUUACUGCUUUGAGCUGCUGUCAAUGGUUCUGGCAUUGAGCGGUUCCAACGUAGGCCGGCAGUAUCUGGCUCAGCAGCUGACUCUGCUCCAGGAUCUCUUCUCAUUACUACACACUGCUUCUCCCAGGGUGCAGAGACAGGUAACAUCAUUACUAAGACGUGUUUUGCCUGAGGUAACCCCUAGUCGCCUGGCAAGUAUUAUAGGAGUGAAGUCUCUUCCACCAGCAGAUAUAAGUGAUAUCAUUCACUCAACAGAAAAAGGAGAUUGGAAUAAACUAGGUAUCUUAGACAUGUUUUUGGGAUGCAUUGCCAAAGCUCUCACUGUACAGCUAAAAGCCAAAGGAACUACUAUAACAGGGACAGCUGGCACUACUGCGGGCAAAGGAGUUACCACAGUCACACUUCCAAUGAUCUUCAAUUCCAGCUAUAUUCGACGAGGUGAAAGCCAUUGGUGGAUGAAGGGUUCAACACCUACACAGAUUUCAGAGAUCAUUAUUAAACUCAUUAAAGACAUGGCAGCAGGUCAUCUGUCAGAAGCUUGGUCCCGUGUGACAAAGAAUGCUAUUGCUGAAACCAUCAUAGCUCUGACCAAAAUGGAAGAAGAAUACAGAUCACCAGUGAGGUGCAUUGCAACAACCAGACUAUGGCUGGCCUUAGCAUCCCUCUGUGUACUUGACCAAGAUCAUGUUGAUAGACUGUCCUCAGGAAGAUGGAUGGGAAAGGACGGACAACAGAAACAGAUG